AUGUCGACUGAGGAUGCUGAAAGCUCAAACAAUCAAGUUACAAGCAGCAAAGGACAUGAAAUAUUCGUAACAAUUAAUUUUAUCUGUCUUGGCGGAAUCACAAGCGUGUUUGGAAUUGUCACAAAUAUCAUCAACAUGAUCGUAUUCUACAGACAAGGGUUCAGAAGCACAACAAACAUCAGUUUUUUUGCCAUGUCUGUGUCUGAUCUGUGCAGUUUAGUAUUCCAACUAGUGUUUAAUAUAUAUUUCCAACCUCUAUGCAAAGACAUAUGUAUGGUUGUUGCGUAUCUAGAUUUUCAAAUCUUGACUGGAGGGAUCCCACACGCCAUAUUCGCCAGAAUAACUUGUUUUAUAACAGUUUAUGUGACAGCAGAGAGAUACUUGUGUGUGGUGUUUCCACUACAUAUCAAGCAAAUGAUUACUAGAAAGAGAACGGCGGUAGCAAUGAUAUUCAUAUAUUGUUUUGCAUUACUCUGUGGGUUACCAGUGUACGUAAUUAAUCAAGUUGGUUUGAAAUUUUAUCCAGGUGCAAACAUUAGUCUUCUAGCCAUAGUACCAUUGCAAGGACACGAAGUUUUAAAUGCAACUGAAUAUUUCAUGCACACUGUUUCAGGAUUGGUGUCUUUCCUAGCGGUCGUUGUGUUGACUUCUUUCCUAAUGAUUACAUUGAACAAGAAAAGUAAAUGGCGUAAAACAGCAAAUGCACUAGAAGAAAAAUCAGGUGCAAUAUCAACUAAAGAUAGAAAAGCUAUAAUGAUAGUUGUCCUCGUUGCUAGCGUUUUAAUCAUAUGCUACACCCCGGCCACAAUCCUGACCAUAAUUAUGGGGCUGGAGCCCGAAUUCAGCAUGACUGGAAAAUAUAACAAUCUCUAUUUCAUCUCCUGGUCGUUCGUAUUUCUCUUGGAGAACAUCAACGCCAGUGUUAAUAUUUUCUUAUACCUGAAAAUGAAUACAAAAUUCCGACGGGAGUUUCAAGUGCUGUUUUGUAGUUGCAUCAGAGGGAAUCAAGGCAAUACAGCAAUGUAUAUCAAAUAUGAACAAUAA